GUGGAACGGAGUCGUCUAUUUAGCAAACUCUUCCAACAUUUACCUUAGCAGUAAGGAACUUUUCUUCCGCAGUUAAGCUCUUGUUCUUCUUUGUCCGCUAUAAUGGGUUCUUACUGCUGCUUCUCGUUGUUAUUCUCAGCAACUAUUGUAGUGUUUCUAGCAUAUCCAAUUUUAGCUGACGGGAAGAAGCAGAUAACUGGACCUGCAGUUACAGUGACCAAACAUCUUUUCUUCUCAGAUUUUAGGCUAGAUGAUCCCAAAAUUGUACACGAGGUUAAGCUUUUAGGUAGUGCCAGGUUUUCAGAUGAAAAGGGAGCUAUCCAAAUUCCUGACGAAUCCCUGUUAGAUCUGAGACAUCAAGCAGGACGAGCCAUCUAUGCUUAUCCUAUCCGUAUGCUUGAUCCGCUCACUGGUACUCCAGCUUCCUUCGAGACCACCUUCUCUUUCCAAUUUAGCAACUCUAGUGCUGAAUCUCAUGUCAACUCUACAGGUGGUUACAAUAAUAGUGGAGGCAGUGGCCUUGCCUUUAUUGUGGUGCCUGAUGAGUUCACUGUGGGUAGGCCGGGACCAUGGCUGGCCAUGCUCAAUGAUGCCUGUGAGGACAAUUAUAAAGCUGUUGCUGUUGAGUUUGAUACCCGUCAUAAUCCUGAAUUUGGUGAUCCAAAUGACAAUCAUGUGGGAAUCAAUCUUGGCAGCAUCAUUUCCACCACGACUGUAAAUGCUUCAGAUGUCGGUGUCUACCUCAAGGAUGGUUUGAUUCACCAAGCUAAGAUAGCAUAUAAUGGUUCACGAAGCUGGAUGGAAGUUAGCCUUGGAUCGAAGACCAUCUUCUCUGGUUCUCUUGAUCUCUCCCCUUUUCUCAAUGAAUACAUGUUUGUUGGAUUCUCAGCUUCAACUGGCAAUAUGACCCAAAUUCACAAUGUAUACUCGUGGAACUUCACUUCUACAAGCCAAGCCUCUCUCCGUGCUCCAUCUGCAGAGACAUGUGAGAGUAAGAUUAUGGAGCAAUAUGAUCAAGGUGUUCAAAGUUCAGCGUCACAUAGCUCAAAGAAAGAACCCCCAAACAGUUUGUUGAUUUUCAUUUGUGUGAUGGCACUGGCUAUAGCUGUGUUUGCCAGUCUUUUCUACAACGGCAGGCGCAGAAAUAAUCAAACUAAGGCUGUGAUAUUGCCAGAUAAAAGGCAACGACCAAGGCCUCCCAACAAACCCCGUCGCUUCACCAUCUCUGAAGUUUCCUCUGCCACUCGGGGUUUUCACGAGUAUGAAAUACUAGGCAACGAUUCCAAAGGUAUUUACUACAGAGGGAAGCUUCCAAAUGGUUGUCAAGUGGCCAUUAAACGUUUCUCUGCUCAAUUUUUGAGUUCACAAAUUGGAUUGGAUAGACGAAGAUUGCUCAAACAAAUCAGUACCAUUAGCCGAGUUCGACACCCCAACUUGGUUCCUAUCAGAGGUUGGUGUCAGGAUAAUCGUGAAACCAUGGUUGUGUAUGACUUCUAUCCAAAUGGAAGCCUCGACAAAUGGCUAUUUGGGGCUGGCGUGCUUCCAUGGACUCGGCGGUUGAAAGUAGUUAAAGAUGUUGCAGAUGCACUCAGCUUCCUCCACUCAAAGCAGCUAGCUCACAAGAACAUGAAAACUACCAGUGUCUUUCUUGAUGUUAGCUUCAGAGCAGUUCUGGGCGACUUUGGCUUCGUGCUCUCUUCCACCGAGUCGCAACGUUUCGAAGCAACCGUGAGUCAAAAGGCUGAUGUGUUUGAAUUCGGCAUUUUUGUGUUGGAAGUUGUUUCUGGGAGAGGAAGGUUGGAGUCUGAGUUGAGGCAAGAAGAGAGGGAUUUGUUGGAUUUCGCAUGGAGAAUGCAUGAGAUUGAUGAGAAGGCAAGAUUGGUGGACAGGAGGAUGGGCUCCAUGGUGAACUUGGAACAAGCAAUUAGAGUGUCGGAGAUUGGACUGCUUUGUACACUAAAUGAGAGCAAAGGCAGGCCAUGCAUGGAGGAGGCGGUGGGGUUUCUGAACCUGGAUGGGCCGAUUCCGGAGUUGCCACCAAAUAGACCUGUUGCUCUUUUUCCCUACAGCAGCACCAAUACUGGUCUCUGCACUGGCUAUUCCUGCACUCUUUUCAAGUGAAAGCACUGAAUUUUUAGUCUGCAAAAUCAACACCAUCAAAUUUUGUAGAUAAGCAAAUCAGAGCAGAGAUGUUUGGCUGUUUAAUGAUUCUAUUCCAACAUAUAUAUUGAGUUCUUACA